CCCUCGAUGAUCAAUCCAUUCAUUCAUUCGCAUUUCACUCAAAGAGACUCUCUCACCUUUCUGAAUGCUAGUGCCAACUAACUUGCAAAAUUAAGUUGCAUGCGCCAUCUCACCACCGCCUACCCACCCGCCAAAUUCACCAGCCACAACCAACAGCAAUGCCAAGAAAUUAAAGAACAAAUAAAGAAUGUCGCCUCCCCAGAAACCACCAGCAGUUACCAACGAUCUCAAGCACCGUGUCAUAGCCUGUCUCAACAAGCUCUCCGACCGCGACACUCUCUCUGUCGCCGCCACAGAGCUCGAGUCCAUAGCUAAGAACUUAACCACUCCAGACUCUUUCUUACAUUUCCUAAACUGCAUUCAUAACACUGAUUCUUCCUCUAAAUCUCCUGUCCGCAAACAAUGCGUCUCUCUUUUAACUCUUCUAUCUCGCUCCCACGGCAACUCUCUCUCACCCCACCUCUCCAAAAUGAUCUCCACCAUCACCCGCCGACUUCGCGACCCCGACUCCGCAGUCCGCUCUGCCUGCGUCGAAGCCACCUCGGCCAUGUCUUCUCAGAUCACCGACCCCCCCUUCUCAACUCUCUCCAGGCCGCUUAUUGACUUGUUGACUGUUGACCAGGAUUUCAACGCUCAGAUAGGGGCGGCUUUGUGUUUGGCAUCGGCCAUAGAGGCAGCACCAGAGCCAGAGGUGGAGCACUUGAGGAAGGUGCUGCCGAGGCUUGGGAAGCUGGUUAAGGGAGAUGGGUUUAAAGCAAAGGCGGCGUUGCUGAGUUUGAUUGGGAGCAUUGUUGGCGUCGGUGGGGCGUCAAGUAAGGGGCUUUUAGAUUGGUUAGUCCCGUGUUUGGUUGAGUUUUUGAGCAGUGAAGAUUGGACAGCCAGAAAAGCUGCUGCUGAGGCCUUAGGGAAGGUGGCGUCAAUGGAAAAGAAGUUGGCGAAGGAACAUAAAGCUACCUGUUUGACUUCUCUAGAGACCAGGAGGUUUGAUAAGGUGAAGGUGGUUAGGGAGACUAUGAAUCGCACAUUGGAGUUGUGGAAGGAGGUGCCAGGCAUUUCUGAGGAAAUUUCAGUUCCAUCUCAAUCUACAUGUUCUUCUAUAGAUAAUGCUGUUGGUAUAUGCAUCUCCACCGCCUCCAAAAAUUCCAAAGACAUCGGUUUCAAAACUCCUUUAUCUAAGAAAACAGUCCCCGCAAAUAGGUCCCCUCCUCCUGAUGCUUUGUUCAUGACAGCUGCCAAAAAACAAAGCCCGGCAAAGAGCAAUGACAGCAAUUCAAAGACAGGAACGUCUCAUAAGCUGAGCCAUGAUAGACAUUCAGCUUGGAAAAUUGAAAUCGCUACUCCACCAGGAAAAGCUUGUGGUGAUGUUGCAGGGCAUGAUUCUGGAGUUUUGGGAUCAGGGCAGAAUGUGGAUGAUACAAAUUCCACACCAGAAACAAAACGUGUCCUCUUCAGUAGUAUCCUAGUUGACAAACGGCACAAAUAUGAUGGUUUGAAAUCUGGGUCGCGGGUGGUGCCAAUUCAGGGGGAUGAAAACUGUUACAGCAAAGAUGUUGAAGUGAGCAGGUCUACUGAAGAUUUCUAUGAGAACCAUAAAGAUUACGAGGAUCUGUCUUUGAUCCGUGAACAACUUAUUCAGAUUGAAAACCAGCAAUCCAGUCUUUUAGACCUCCUCCAGAGAUUCAUGGGGAGCUCCCAGAGUGGUAUAAAUUCUCUCGAGACACGUGUUCACGGCCUGGAGAUGGCAGUCAAUGAAAUUUCAUAUGAUUUGGCAGUAUCAAGUGGAAGGAUUCCUAGAACUGACUCUGUAGAGAACACAUGUUGCAAGCUUCCUGGUGCAGAAUUCUUAAGUUCCAAGCUCUGGAGGAGAACAGAAUGUCGCUCUUCUACUUCAAGGUUCUCUUCUUCUGGGAACGCUCAGUCAUUGAAUUCUGUUUGCAGUAUUCCUGUUAAGAAUGCUAGCAUUGAAACAUACAACCCAGGAAGCCAAAGAUCUCAGCGUCAGAGUAUGGGUGGAUUUGUUGUGGAUACGUUGGCAGAUGUUUCCAGCGUAAAUAGGCAGAGUUCAGGGCUCUGUACAAGUCAAAUGGCAAAUAACAGAAGUCGAGAUGAACCUAUGCAGCAGGUUUCCUCUUAAAUGAAAACAAGAAUUUUUCAUAACAGUCAUCCAGCUGGGAGACAAGGGCCAUAAGAACCUAAAGCUGAACGCACUGGAAGAAAAAGCCAGUCACAGAUCAAGUUGGCCACAAGUGCAUAAAUGUGAAACUCUUGGAUUUUUACUGCCUUCUCACUGAUUAUACGACGGGCUUCAGGGAAUAAUAUCCAGAUUUCUCUUGUCUUUAGGAACACACCACCAGAGCUAGUCUCCAUAAAUGAUUCUUAUUUAACUGGGUUUCACCAUUUGCUGACGGAGAAGUUAUAGCUGUGCAGGGACCAGUAUUUCACACUGCUUUGUAUGGUGAAUAAAGAAUCUUUCUGUGGGAUAAACCCACCCUGUUCCUAGAAUCAUGUUGUAUACCAUGGAACAAGUUAUUCAAGAUAGAACAGUUGAGGGGAGGGGCACCACUGUCACAGACCCAUACUGCUGUUUAAAAAGAAGAUAGUUUUGCUUUUUAA